AUGACGAAGCUUCUCCUCCUCUUCUCUGCUUUUCUGUUCCAUGUGGCCCUUGGGACUAUCGUCGUCUCCUCCAAGUCGCACCCCAAGGCCGACUUCUCCACCGUGCAGGGGGCGAUCGACUCCCUGCCCAACGACAACAGCUCGCAGGUCAUCCUCAUCUUGACUGGUGACUACACCGAGCAGGUCAACAUCACCCGCCCGGGACCCGUCACCCUGCUGGGCCAGACGGACGAUCUCACCGACGCCUCCAAGAACACGGUCAAUCUCAUCUGGGCGGCGGCCGACGGCGAUGACAACUACCCGGACGACGAAUACACCAGCACGCUGACCGUCUCGCCCACCCUGGACGCCAGUCUGACGGGCUCCGGCGUCACGGGCUUCGACGUCCCCGACGACACCCCCUUUGGCAACAAGGAUUUCCGCAUGUACAACAUCAACCUGCAGAACAUCUAUGCAAAUUACUCUGCUGGACCCGCGCUGGCCAUCAGCUUCAGUCGCUCCAACGGCGGCUUCUACUACUGCGGCUUCUACUCUUACCAGGAUACAGUCUACAUUGGUAAACUGGGCAAUGCGUACUUCUACGAGAGCAUCAUUGCAGGCCAGACAGACUUCUUCUACGGGUUCGGCACUGCGUGGGUGCAGUCGUCGCAGAUCCUGCUGCGCGGGUGCGGCGGCGGCAUCACAGCAUGGAAGGGCUACAACACGACCUUUGAGAACAAGUACGGGAUCUACAUUGUCGACUCGCGAGUGACCGCCGCCAACGCCUCUGUCGCGACAGAGAUCGUCGGCCAGUGUGCUCUGGGCCGCCCCUGGAACAGCCUGGACCGGACCAUCUUCGCCCGCACGUACGAGGACGCCAGCAUCAUCUCCACCGGCUACAUCAACUGGCUUGACGACGGGGUCUACCGCUACAACAACCACACCCUCUUCGCCGAGUACAAGGCGUACGGGCCUGGCUUCAACCUCACCGGCCGCAUCGAGGGGGGACUCGACGAAAUCAUGACGGAUGAAGAGUACGAGCCGUAUAGCACGCCGGCCAAGGUUUUCCAGACCCCAGAGGGAGAGUUUGGCAACACCGCCUGGAUUGACACUAGUCCUUGGAAUUAG